CCCCCCUCCCUGACUCCCCGACUCCCUCCCAGCCUCUGCCCUCGGAGGGGUAUGGCUCCUUCGGCCAGACCUUGAGAUCCGGACGGGGGCCCGAGGGGCGGGGCGCCGACUUUAGGGACAUUUCAGUGGGAAAGGGCUACCCUCAAAGUGGAUUAUCCCAACUGCCCGGGGGGCGGGAAGCGGGGAACCCCCCCCAGCCGCAAAUCCGCCAAGACCACAAACAAUGAAGAUGAAGACGACGUGGAGUCGCGGUCCUCGGAGUCCCCCUCCAACUGCUUCGGCUUCGUCGCCUACUCGAUGAACUCCGGAGAGAAAUCACGAGUCAAUAUUAAGACCGUGACCCACCAGCCCUCGUAUUCCUCCUCGUCCCGAUGCGAUCCCGAACGCUCCCUGACCCCCUCUCCGUCUCCCUCGCCCAGAAAGCUCCGGUGCAUGGACCAGCGAGAGCCGGAGAACCAGGAGAGGCGCGAACGCACCUCCAAAAGGAGAAGGGCCAGGGAGGGCUACCCCAGCGAUCCGAUUGACCUUCUGUGGCUGGGAACACCGUCCACCAUGGCCACCUCCGCGAGCUCCCACCUGAACAAAGGCAUCAAGCAGUUGUACAUGUCCCUGCCUCAGGGUGAGAAAGUGCAAGCUAUGUAUAUUUGGAUUGACGGGACCGGAGAAGGAUUACGUUGCAAGACCCGGACCUUGGACAGUGAGCCCAAGUGUAUAGAAGAGUUGCCUGAGUGGAAUUUUGAUGGCUCUAGUACCUUUCAGUCUGAAGGCUCCAAUAGUGACAUGUAUCUUGUCCCUGCUGCCAUGUUUCGGGACCCUUUCCGCAAGGACCCCAACAAGCUGGUGUUCUGUGAAGUCUUCAAGUACAACCGGAAGCCUGCAGAGACCAAUCUGAGGCAUACCUGUAAACGGAUAAUGGACAUGGUGAGCAAUCAGCAUCCUUGGUUCGGAAUGGAGCAGGAAUAUACUCUCAUGGGCACAGAUGGGCACCCUUUUGGUUGGCCUUCCAAUGGCUUCCCUGGACCCCAAGGUCCAUACUACUGUGGCGUGGGAGCUGACAAAGCCUAUGGCAGGGAUAUUGUGGAGGCUCACUACCGGGCCUGCUUGUACGCCGGCAUCAAGAUUGCUGGGACAAAUGCUGAGGUCAUGCCUGCCCAGUGGGAAUUCCAGAUAGGACCCUGUGAAGGAAUCGACAUGGGAGAUCAUCUCUGGGUGGCCCGUUUCAUCUUGCAUCGCGUGUGUGAAGACUUUGGAGUGAUAGCAACCUUUGACCCUAAGCCCAUUCCUGGGAACUGGAAUGGUGCAGGCUGCCACACUAACUUCAGCACCAAGGCCAUGCGAGAGGAGAAUGGUCUGAAGUACAUUGAGGAGUCCAUCGAGAAACUGAGCAAGCGGCACCACUACCACAUCCGAGCCUACGAUCCCAAGGGGGGUCUGGAUAACGCCCGGCGCCUAACUGGAUUCCAUGAAACAUCCAACAUCAACGACUUUUCUGCCGGCGUGGCCAACCGUGGUGCUAGCAUCCGCAUUCCCCGGACUGUCGGCCAGGAGAAGAAGGGUUACUUUGAAGACCGUCGCCCCUCUGCCAACUGUGACCCCUUUUCAGUGACAGAAGCCCUCAUCCGCACAUGUCUUCUCAACGAAACCGGCGAUGAACCCUUCCAGUACAAAAACUAAACGGACUAGACUUGCAGCCAUCAGACCCCUCCUAAUUCUCCAUCUUGCCCCCCUGUUUGCCCCUCUCUUGACUGUCCUAAUAGCUGUAACUCAAAGGGCGGAAUAUCAAGGUCUUUUUUUAUUCCUCAGGCCCAAGUUAAUAUCUCUUUGCUUUCUUUGGCCAGGAUAGAGGGAUCAGGUUCUUAAUCUUUUCACAACCCGCCCCCCCCCUUUUUUUUCCCUGUCACUGAAGCUGUCUAGUAAGUUAGUGGGGAGGGGGUGGGGAGACAUAACCACUGUUUCCAUUUAAUCAGGUGUGUUUGUCCAAUAGGCGUAGCUAUCCGGACAGAGCAUAGUGUUUGUGAAGGGAGGGGGAGGGCUCUUUCUUCGAGGUAGCUGAGUGUUGGGGGACGGGGGGUUACUUACUCUGGGGUUAGGUUAGGAUUUCCCCCUCUUGAUAGGAAGUUCCACUUUGUGUAAGGUUAUAACCAACUUUUUAUUAAAAGUGAGACUUAGGAGAGAACCAGGCAGGAAAAUGCACCUCUGUCCUGGUACAGUGCUCCCCUUAGCUGGGGCGAAAUGGCCCUUCCCUGAAGACAAGCUCAGCAUAAGGAUGGAUUGACCUUCCUUAGAAGAAAAAGUUCUUAUUGCUUGGUCCUCCAUUUAUAACACAGCAGAGUAGUAUUUUUAUAUUUAAAUGUAAAAACAAAAAAAAUUAUAUAUAUGGGCGUGCA